AAAGUACAUAUCCUAUUACGCUACGCAUAGGAUCUGAGAACGACCUAUUCAUUGCCUCGUUCUGACGACCCUUUUGCUAGCCAAUCAGAGCCUAACUUACAACAUCUUGCAAAUCUACCUGUAGCCUUGACUUUUGAUAUUUACAAUUCUUAUGUCAUAAUGUAUCAGAUAGCCGGUUUGCUCAGUCGGUAGGCCACUUGCUUUGUAAGCGAGGGGUCCCGGGUUCGAGCCCUGGAAUGACUGCACAUUUUUCUUACUCUUUGACAUUCGAACAAGUCGUCUGACUGGAUAAAAUAAAAAUAGCAAUACUGGAAAUCCAAAAUAUACAGAAGACGAAUGUGAAUGGGUCGUUCUCAGAUCUUCGUUUAGAAGAUCAAGUACUUUAGUCAGAUUGCAACACAAAAUAAAUAAGCGGGAACAAAUUUAAAAUUAUCAGAAGUUGUAUAACUAACAUACGAAUAUUGAGAUAAAAAUGAGAGAGUUAGAGAGAGGGAGAGAGGGAGAGAGAGAGAGAGAGAGAGAGACUUGGGUAUGUCAUUUGUGAUUGAGACACUGAAACUAUAUUAUACGCAACUUAUCUAGUACCGUGUCCACCACUGCAUAGCUGUAUGAUAUGAUAAUUAAAUAAAUUUUAUACUCAAGUUAUUAUUUCGACUUUGCAUGGUGUUUCAAACGGCAUAUUUCACUAAAAUGCAUGUGUUAUGUCCUAUGACACCUUAAUAAUCACAUAAUGACGGUUUUUAGUAUUUUACAUGGUUCGUGGCAAAAUGAGUGUCCCGCCGUUACAUGACUGAAAUACUGUUGAAAAACGGCGUUAAACCCAACACAAACAAACAAAAUGAGUGUGAUAAACAUGUGUUGCUUUUCACCCGGAAUGAAUAUACUUUUUAAACAAAUAGCACGCGAAACGAAACACUUCAGGUGCAUUGAUAAAAACAAGUAAUGACCGUAUUUUAUAAUUUAACUUCCUCAAACUUUUCUGAAAUAAAUUCUAAAUAGGAAACAAACCUUAAGCUUAAAAGAGAAACUGAAUAUGUGUAAAUUUUAAAGAAGACAAUGUCUAGAAGUGAGUUCAAAAGUAACACAAGAGAGCCCACCGAAAAUUAUGAGUCAAUGAUUAUCUGUGCCGCUGCAAGCACUGCUGAAGCCUAUGAAGAUGUGGUUGAUACAGUUACUGAAAAGCCAGAAGAGUGUUAUAAUGAUUUAAUUCCCGAUAUUCCUGUAAAAGAUAAACGAAGAAUUGAUCGUAAAUUUUUGUCAUUAACAACUGGGCUGUCAUCGAAAAAGGCUUUUUCUUUCACAGGAGAAAAAGAUAUUAUUGCAAAGGCAAAGAAAAAUCUAGGUAAGGAUGGAUUAGGUGGAAAGGUCGUCAAACAGAUGACUAAGCUUAAACAGAAUGUUGAGAAAAAAUUUGGAUCAUCGGAAAACGACCAAAACAAAAUGUCUUCCUUUCAUGUCAAAGCCUCUCCAAAAUUCUUUCGCCGGAAAUCGGAAGGACAUGUUGCACACAGCAAGAACAAAGGCAACAUUUCUAAGGACAACGCAUUGCAAAGUCCUAAGUUAGAUUAUCACAACUGGAGAAUACAGCCGAGUUUAGAAUUCAAGACAGAUGUCAAAUUGCCUGAUAUUGAGAACGGAAAGGCAGUUCAAGACGAAUCAAAUAUGUCAUCCGGUAAUAAUCAAUCAGCCGGUUCUCGAGAAAAUUUUUCCUGUAAAGAUAACAAGACAGGUUCUGAGGACGACUACCUGGUACCUGGCAAUGAAUUUCGAUCAGCAGAAACGUUCUCUAAAUAUUUAGCUCGAAAGAACGAGAGAACAAAUGAAAUAUUAGUAGAAGGAAAUUGCAUAAAUGAUCCGGAGAAAGAGACAAAUGACCAUGAUAAUGUUUACGAAGGUUUUUGUUUUAAAAAUGAAAAAGUCACGGGAAAAGUUUUAGAAAAUGAUAAGACGAUACAUGUAGAAACUAAAGAUACGAAUAAACCAAAAUGUAGCAAAACUAGUGACACUUUGAUGCUAACACGAAAAGAAGAAAAACUUGAAGUACACAAAUCGGAAGGACAUGUUGCACAUAGCAAGAACAAAGACAACAUUUCGCAGGACAACGCAUUACAAAGUCUUAAGAUAGAUUGUCACAAUUGGAGAAUACAGCCGAGUUUAGAAUUCAAGACAGAUGACACAUUACCUGAUAUUGAGAACGGAAAGACAGUUCAAGACGAAUCAAAUUUGUCAACCGGUAGUACUCAAUCAGCCGGUUCUCGAGAAUUUUUUUCCUGUAAAGAUAACGAGACAGGUAGUGAGGACGACUACCUGGUACCUGGCAAAGAAGUUCGAUCAACAGAAACGUUUUCUCAACAUCUAGCUCGAAAGAACAUAAAAACAAAUGAGAUAACAGUAGAAGGAAAUUGCAUAAAUGAUCCGGAGAAAGAGACAGAUGACCAUGAUGAUGUUUACGAAGUUGUGUGUUAUAAAAAUGAAAAAGUCACGGUAAGAGUUUCAGACAAUGGUGAGAAGAUAGAUAUAAAAAAUAGAGAUUCGAUUGAACCAGAAUGUAGCAAUACUAGUGACACUUUGAAGCCAACCCCAAAUGAAGAAAAGCUUGAAGUACAGGGUUUCGAUAUCACAUCAUUGAAGUUGGAAGAUGUGAAGGCGGUGCUUCUUGAUUUGGGUCUUGAGAAAUAUGUCGAUGUGUUUGAGAAGGAACAUAUUGAUGGUCUUAUAUUAUCAAAAUUGUCUGCUGAAGAUUUCCGUUCGGAAUUCGGGAUGUAUAAGUUAGAAGUAAUCCGUCUAUGGGAAUUUGUCAAAUCUGGUCAUGUUCCAAAAUGACACAAUUUACUGUAAGUGAAAUCAAAAGUCCAAGCACACACUGGAACUACACAGAUGAAAUAAUUAAUACAUUGAAUAAAGGAGUGUUAUUGCAAGUAAUCAUAAUGUAACAACAAAGAUGAAAGCAUUAAUACAUUGCACCAAGAAGUGCUAUUGUAAGUAACGACAGUGUAACUACCAAAAUGAAAGUAUUGAUAAAUUGAAUCAAUGAGUAUUAAUAAAUUGAAUCAAUGAGUGUUACUGAAAAUACUGACGAUGGAACUACAAAGACGAAUGUAUUAAUACAGAAUCGUAUAAUGCUUAAAUCAAAGCCAAAUCAAAGUAACGAAGAAAACUAUUUUGAUGCAUUUUUAUACUAAUGUUCCUGGCUCAGGUGAUGUAGUAGAAGUUACUGCAGACACGGGUGGACACCUUUGUAGAACCACUGUCUUUCUGCAAGCCAAGUUUUAUUUGACUUUAUAUAUUCAUUCGAUUGUUUAGGUAGACAUGUUUAUAUUAUUUGUCAAUCAUCGAUGUACAUGUAUUCGGAGAUAUUACCAUAAUUGUUUGUAAUAGAAAAGCAUGAAGAACUUUACUAAUUGAUUUCUAAUCCCCGCUGAACAUGUCUUACAUUAUCUUGUAAUUUUUUAUUUAUGGACGUUUAAUCUUAUGAAUAUAUUAAUUAAAGACAUUUUGAGAUAACUGAUACACAGGUAAUCGCAAUGGACGACAGCUAUUUCACUCAUCGAGUACGUAUUAAUCAGUUACCGGUAAUUCAUAUUUCUUUAACUUUAUAGCAGAUCAGGUAUUCAGUGGAAAGGUUUUUUUUAUCAUACAUUUGUAAAACAAGACUAUUGACAAGCAAUUAAAGGCUACAUCCGAAAGGGGCAUUUGUCAUACUGGUUACCAUAGGAACCACAUUUUUCACUUUGAAAUAUAACCUUUAAGACUCAUAUUCUCUGAAUAAUCUACCAUGUACAAAUCAAGUUUCCAAAUUGUCUUUUAUCUAUUUUGACCUAUUUACCAAAUUACACGGAAAAACAUAUUGUACUUUACCGCAGAAUCCCACGUCAUAUUUUGGACUCCUCGAGUCAGUCGUGAUUCUAGAGUCAACAAUGAUCCAACGAGUGGUGUUUCCCAUUUUCAUAAACGCUACGAACCAGUCUCCAACUUAUUUAAAUAACAUUAAAAUCUUUCGUGGUGGUUACGAGAGUCAAGGUGCGGCUUCGGUACUUUUUUGGAAUAUAUCGAAUAAUUCUAAAUCUAAUGCAUCAAGUAACUCUUCAUAUAAACAAACUAUAUGAAUGUAGUUAUGUACGUUCAGAUCAAACAUUUAUAAGCGUUAAUAUGUAGUUUUUAUAUUCUCGACGAUAGUCUUUAAGCUUCUCCAAGAAAUGACAACAGAAGAAAAUAAAGCUGUGUUGUGGAAGAAAGGAGACAUUCUUUUACAUUUGUUAAAUUCAUUCCCGAAUGGAAAGCUUCAAUUAAGUUGGCAGUAAUGUGUAUACGUCUUACAAAGUCAAGGGGUUGGUCAUUUUAGUUAAGCGUACACUUGAAGUACAACUGCUCAUUGUAUAUUGUAAUGAUAUUUUGUGUAUAAAGCACUUGUAAAUAUAAAAUCACAAUAUACACACAAAGACAUCUCAGAAGUUUCUAAACUAAUUACUUGAUACCAUGACAACAAACAGCGGACAUUUGGAAGGUCGACGAAUGGCCUUGGAUGAUCUAAAGCGAAAUGGAUGUAGAUACAGUGUGUGAAAUGUUAAGCCCUGAAGUAGUUAAAGGUCUUAAGUCGUGUAUUACUACUAAUAAGAUUUUAAUUGGAAAGAUAGUCAUUGAAAAAGAGAUAGGCAAACAUCUUUUGGAACUGGGAUUUCAAGUUAAGGAAAUUAAAAUCCAUACACUUAUUUGGAUUUGUCUUACAUUAAAUGAUAAAAGGUAAGACGAAACCAUUGAGAAGUACGGAUACAUUUCAAGAUAAACGGAAUGCGGAAA